AGAGCAGGAGCAAUACUGACAAGGAGUGAAACAGUUCCGGAGAGAGAGAGAGAGAGAGAGAGAGAGAGAGAGAGAGAGAAACUAGUUAUACCCACCCACAGACAGAGAGAGAGAGAGAGCGCGUGCGCGUCUGUACAAUUCCGUUCAAAUGGUGGUCGAUUACUACAACAUCCUGAAGGUGAGCCGCAGCGCGACCGACGAAGACCUGAAGAAAGCCUACAAGAGACUGGCGAUGAAGUGGCACCCGGACAAGAACGCCGCCGCGGAAGCCGAGGCCAGGUUCAAGCAGAUCUCGGUGGCAUACGACGUCCUCAGCGACCCCGAGCGCCGCCGGAUCUACGACCUCUACGGCGACGAGGCCCUCCGGUGCGGCCAGUUCCCUCCGCCGACCGCACGCGACGCCGACGACAUAUUCGCCGAGUUUUUCGGCGGAUCUGGAUUUGGGGGUGGGGGUGGGGGUGGGGGUGGCAAGAGUCGUGGUUUUGGUGAGAACGGGGGGUAUUUUGGGGAUCGGGGGAUGGGGAAGGCGGCGGAUUUGGAGAACAAGUUGCCGUGUACUUUGGAGGAGCUGUACAAGGGGUCCUUGAGGAAAAUGGUGAUUUCGCGGGUUGUUCCUGAUGAGUCCUCUGGCCAACCUAGGACUGUUGAGGAGAUUUUGAAAAUAGACAUCAAACCAGGUUGGAAGAAGGGAACUAGAAUCACUUUCCCCGAGAAAGGCAACCAGGAGAUGGGCAUGGCCCCCGGAGAUCUUGUUUUUGUAGUAGACGAGAAACCUCAUGCCGUUUUCAAGAGGAAUGGAAAUGAUUUGAUUGUCAAUAGGAGAAUAUCACUGCUGGAGGCUCUUACAGGGAAGACCCUUGAAUUGGUUACCCUGGAUGGAAGGAAAAUAACUGUCCCAGUCACUGAUAUUGUCAGACCUGGUCAUGAGGUGGUGAUCCCAAACGAAGGAAUGCCUAUCUCCAAAGAACCGGGAAAGAAAGGAAACUUGAGGGUCAAGUUUGAUGUUAAAUUCCCAUCGAAGCUGACCGAAGAUCAGAAGUUUGAUCUGAAAAGGGUUCUGGGAGGGAGCUGCUAACAAGUUCAGAGUUUGACUCAUGAGGGUUGAGGAUUUAUCAUUAACAGCGACAAUGCAAGUGCUGUUUGAUGUACAUAGGUAACUCAGUCAACAUUAGAGAGAGAGAGUGUGCAUAGUAGGAUGAUAGUUUGGAAAGCGCUUGCAGUGUGUUAUUAGCUUCUUGGAAAUAUAUCUAUUUUAGCUACUGUGUUGGCUUCUUGGUCGUCUUUGUGAAAUGCGUAAGCAAAUAUUAUUGGUUUCUUGGAUUUGGAUGAUAAGCUAGAUUGUUGUUUGUCGAUAUUCUUUGUUCCUCUAGUGAUUGUUAUUAGCAUCUAUUGACUUUCUUUGUGGAAUGGAUAAGCAUCUAUUAUUGGUGA